GAAGUACACAUAGAUUUUGAGGAGGAAGGGUGUGUAUAUAAAUUCAAUCCUCAGAUCCGGUGAGAACCUAAUUGGCGUGUCAAUCCUCAACCAGUUUUUUUCUUCAGAUUGGGUUUGAAGCUGGUUUUGUGAUCUGAGGUCAAUUAUGGCUGACUUUGAUGAAUAUAUGGCGGAUGAAUACGACAUGGAUAUUCUUGAGGAUGAUGUGAAUCCUGAUUUUGAUGGAAUUGAUAUUGGUGUUGAAGAUUUCGACCAAUUGACCAAGGCUGAAGAUACCUCUGCUGCUCAAGCUCGGGACGGGAAGGACAUUCAGGGUAUACCCUGGGAGAGACUUAGCGUCACUAGACAAAACUACAGGAAAACUAGGCUUGAUCAGUAUAAGAACUAUGAGAAUAUCCCCGAUUCUGGCGAGGCAGCUGCCAAGAACUGCACGAGUACUGAGAAAGGAAGCUCGUUCUAUACGUUCAGGAGGAAUUCUAGAUCAGUGAGAUCAACUAUCCUUCAUUUUCAGUUGAGGAAUUUGGUCUGGGCUACAUCAAAACAUGAUGUCUACCUCUUGUCCAACUACUCUAUCAGCCACUGGUCGUCUUUGACAGGUUCCAGGAAUGAAAUUCUCAACGUUAAAGGUCAUGUUGCUCCCUCGGAGAGGCAUCCCGAGAGUUUGUUGGAAGGAUUUACAGAGACUCAAGUUAGCACUCUUGCAGUGAAAGAAAGACUGCUAGUUGCUGGCGGGUUUCAAGGAGAACUCAUUUGCAAGCAUCUUGAUAGACCUGGGGUGAGCUUCUGCUCACGUACUACUUACAUGGAAAACGCUAUCACCAACGCUAUAGAUAUAUACAGAAACUCGAGCGGAGCACUACGUUUCAUGGCCUCAAAUAAUGACUGUGGAGUUAGAGACUUUGACAUGGAGAGAUAUAAGCUUGUCCAACUCUUCCGUUAUCUCUGGCCUGUCAACCAUAGCUCCCUAAGUCCCGAUGGAAAACUAGUAGCAGUCGUUGGAGAUGACCCAAAUGGUCUAUUGGUAGACUCAAGCAACGGACAGACGAUCGGGACGCUAAGAGGUCACGUAGAUUAUUCAUUUGCAUCCGCUUGGCAUCCCAACGGUGUGACAUUUGCCACAGGAAACCAAGACAAGACCUGUCGUAUAUGGGACACAAGGAAAACCUCGGAGUCAGUUGCUGUGCUUAAAGGCAACCUUGGAUCGGUUCGGUCCAUUAGGUUCACAUCGGACGGACGGUACAUUGCGAUGGCCGAGCCAGCAGAUUUUGUGCAUAUCUAUGAUACAACAACAGGUUACAAAAAGGAGCAAGAGAUUGAUUUCUUUGGAGAGAUAUCUGGGAUUUCGUUUAGCCCAGACACUGAAUCUCUCUUCAUCGGUGUUUGGGACCGGACUUAUGGAAGUCUCUUGGAGUAUGGUCGAACCAGAGACUACUCUUAUCUUGAUUCAUUACUUUGAUAAAAAAUGAUAAAAGGAUUUUAAAUAAAAGAACUUGCAUAAAUAAUCUGUAAUAUACAGUAUUGGUUAGGUAACUCUUAGGUUUUAAUAUCAUACCGACAAAAGAAAAGAGAGAUAGACCGUGGUUCGAUGCAAAGACAAAAGCUGUUCUGUUGUAUUAUUUGAUUUGUUGUGCUUUUUCUUUUCAAAGGUACAUUUUCCAGACA